AAAUCCCCGAAAUCUGGGUUAGCCCGCUUGUUCUUAAAAGCGACCAAUUCAACUGGCAGUGUGCAGUCGGUAUUAAAUACUGAAGAAGUUCUUAGACCUAUUUUUGGUACGACUUUUGACCUUUUAUCACGCGGCAGUCUUAACUCUGCACCGGGUAUAAAGUUUGGCGACCCCGGGUGGCGGUGUGUUGUGACACCCUGACCCGACAUCAGCAGACAACAGGUGUCUAUGAGCAGGUGUGUUAUCUCCUUGUGCCCGACCAGGUGUGUAGCAGGUGUGUUAUCUCCUCCUGCCCGAUCAGGUGUGUAGCUGAUGUGUGUCAAAGUGGAAGUUCUCAUAAUACUGUUUUGGCAACAGUUUUACGGCAUUUUCAACACAAGCAGGUUAUAUUAAUCAGUGCUGAAGAUUAGAGGCGUUACUAGACAGCAGCAUACAAAGAAAAGUAAAAGAGAGGUACCAGUACAACACUGCUGUGGCGUUCGGUCCAGAGGGACACCUCGUGGCGCGCUACCACAAAGUCAACCUUUUCUUCGAGGACCAGUUCAACGCAGCUGACCCCGAGCCCAUCUACUUUGACACCACCUUCGGGAGGUUCGGCCUCUUCAUCUGCUUCGACAUCAUCUUCCAAGAGCCAGCCAUCACCCUGUACGAGAAAUAUAACAUCACAAACGUUGCCUAUCCCACUGCCUGGAUGGACGCUAUGCCCCUUCUCAGCGCGAUUGGGUUCCAUUCCUCUUUUGCGCGAGGUCUUGGUGUAAAUGUCCUAGCUGCUAAUCUCCACCUGCCUUUCAGUAAGUUUCAUGGAAGUGGUAUAUACUCGCCAAAAGGUGAGGCAGCUUUCUAUUACAACAAAAAGUUGUUUUCGCCUCCCAAACUGAUGGUGGCUGAUCUGAGAGUUCUUGAUAGGGCAAAACCAGACCCACACUACAACAUUGGGUCUCUGCACAUAUUGAACGGCCGGAGAAAUAGCUUUAAAAGUUCGCCUGACUGGCUCGUAGAAGAGAACCGGAUAGAGACAAAGCUAAGGAAACCUCUGAAGUAUUUUAGGAAGGAAAGCAGGGUUGAUAACGAAUUGGACUCUCUAAUCACUGACGAUGCCGUUUUCUAUUCCGAGUUAUUUCACGACAACUUCACGUUCAAAGCUCUAGAUAAAGAUGCAGGGUUUGUGAAAGUAUGCGAGAAUGACGCUUGUUGUGAGCUCCAUUAUUCCAUCAACACGAAUGUCUCGAAGCGAGGGGAGUUGUUCGCGUUUGGAGUGUUUGACGGUCUCCACACGUACCAGGGCAAGUACUACAUCCAGGUCUGUACGCUGGUCAAGUGCGCAGACAGCAAGGGUCCGUCAUUGUGUGGGUCGUCGACCUUUGUCUCAAACACAGUGUUCUCUCAGAUCCAGAUCCGUGGACACUUUGGGAGCAAGUACGUGUACCCUCAAGUCGUUCUCGCGUCGCCGGACAAGAACCUGAGGCUGGCGAGUCAGGAAGAGUGGGCGUAUCACAGAGGGAACAGUCUUCUGACUACGAGUCCGGAUCUUCGAGAUCCUGUACUGUUCGCGGCGUUGAUAAGCAGAGAUUACAGCCGAGACUCGAACGCUAGUCAGAGUGGGACGGGUGCGUCUCAAGAUCAAAAUAUUCUUGGAAAAAAGAAGGAGGAGGGGGAGGAAGAGGAUAGAAAGAAGAAGGAGGAGACAUAUCAGCUGGAGAUACAAGAGCUUGAGAAAGAAAACAGAGAGUUGGAUUUCUCAAGUUUUGCUGCCGAACAAAACCCCAAGGAAAAAGAGUACGGUUCGGGAAAGACAGAUUUAACCACAGACCACCACAGUGAUGGGUUGAGUCCGGGCUACAGUUAAGGCAUAUCGGAGCUGGCCUUGCAUUUGUGGGAACCGUCACACUUCUCAUAGCUCUGCUGAGACUUCUUUAGCAGGCGACAAAUCUAUUUGUCGUGGCAACUUUUCCACAUAAUGACAAAUCUAACUGUCGUGGCGUGUUCUUUAGCAGACGAAAUAGCUAAUGUGGCGGUUUUCUUUUUGUUGUGCUGUUCCUAUCAAGAAUCAUGAAAAUCAGAAAAAUCGUAAGCCUUGGGCAUAGCAUUAAACUGCAUUUUGAUUAUGCUGAAAGGUGAAUCUUUUAAGAACUGGGUUGAAAAAGAGCAAUUUUGUAUGCGGGCAGAGAGAGAAUAGAAAGAGAGAGAGAGAGAGAGAGAGAGAGAGAGAGAGAGAGAGAAAGAGAGAGAGA